CGUUCCUCUCGUGCUCUGGGUUUGAAUAGUGUCGCGCGCGACUUCUGUUGGUGACUGCACCCUCGGGAUUUCCACUUUGACCAAGUGCAGAGAAACUCAUGGACACAUUGCAGCAUCAGACUUAUCAAGAUGAAAUUCAUUCUUUGCAAGAAGAGAUUAGACUAUUGGAGCAACAGUCCCAAAAAAGCCACAUUUAUACGGGAUCAUUUCUAAAAACAAUGGAUAUACAACAUGAAAAGUUCACUGUCCAAAAAUCUGAAUCAUGGAAAUGCUCAAGUACUGAUUUAGAAGCACAGAUUGAACAGGCGGAAUCUCAGAUUGCAUUGCUAACUCAGUUAACUGGCAUUGGCUUCACUAAAUGCAUCAUGACAACAAUGGGAAAAGGUGAUGACAAAAUAAAACAAUACAGACUAUCUGGUUAUAGUCAUUCCCUGCAGUUUGACCUUGAAUUUGAACUUAUGGAGGUUCAAGCUGAAGAAAAUAUCAUAACUAGAGUGACAGAACUGAACGUUAUUUUGGAAUCAAAUGAGUUUUGUGAUUUGAGCCGAUUCAUAUCUCGAGCAGAAGAAAAAAACAGCCUCCUCCUACUUUUCAGAACUCUUUCAACCUUUGCAAAAUGGUAUGAGCUCCGCCAAGUCACCUUCAAACAUUUCAAGGACAAGUACCCCAAGAUAAUCAGACUUCCAGAGGGAUCAAACUCUGAAUAUAUGGUACUGGAAUGCUCCAAAGUUCCUGGGAUUGAGCUGAAGAUUUUCUGGAAAAUAUUUGUAAGUGAAGAAGGAGUUGUUGCUCCAGUGCUGGAUCUCUUGACAAAAAUACCAGCAGAGGCACUUGGCUUGGACACAAAGAAAGUUGUGGACAAUGCACCCAACAGCUUUAGAAAACUUAUACGCGUGUUCGGAAUUGAGGCUGCUAUAGACCACUUAAUUAAACUGAUGUGAAAGUCAGUCUAAACUGUGUUUUACAAGAAAAAAAAAGUGAUUUCCAUUUAAGAAAUUAUUUUAUAAAUUUUCUGUAAAUAAAAUCUGAUUGUUACUACAGUCAUAAUCAAUUUUAUUAAUUUACAUGUACUAUUUUGAAAUAUUUUGUACAACAGGACAUGCCACAAAUACAUUUUCAUUUCUCCUAUGGCACUGUCAAGUGAAAAAUAAAUAUAGCAUUUAAAUACAAAUAGCCAAAAAGUAUUUACAAAUACAAGGCAAGUUCUAUUGCAAUUAUACAUAAGACAAGACAAGUCAUCGAUACCACAGUAGUUGUUGAAAUUACCUUUCUUCAAUGUAAACCAUUUUUAGUUAAUUCACAGCCUAUUUCAACUUUCAAAAUCCAUGAAAUACAGUGAGGCAAGAGUAGCCAACCGUCAGAAACAGUGCUAGUUUUAUUUUGUAAAAAUGUAUUGUCACAGAGAACUAAAGACUCAAAAUCUAAAAUUCUCACGUUGCUACAUUUGUAAAGCAUGAACAGAGGGGAGUGCUUUAUUGACAAACAAAAGAAUAAAUUAAAUCUCUGAACUUCAAUAAUAUUACUAAAACUAGGUGGAAUUGUCUGAAAUUUUUCUCUUUAUAAGGCUAUCUGUGCACCAUAGGGCACAAUAUUGUUGUUCAAAGUGAUUGCAAACCAGUUCUUUCAAGUUCUGGUUGUUUUUUGUACCUUUAAUAAUAUUCUCAAGUACCCAAGUUCAAUCGCGGUAGCAGUCACCAUAAGUUAUUCAAAAACCCAUUAACUUUAUCACACAUCAUUCAUAAUGUACCAGCUCCAAUUGCUGUAGUCAACACUAGAUAAAUGUCUUGUUUGACUUAGUCUCAAGGGAUUCAGUACGACAACCAUAGUAGAUUAUCUAUUUUUGAGUAGUAGUUAAGUAGGAAGGAUUUACACAAUUACAAAUUCACAGAUCCAAUUACUUUAUCUUGGAGAUACAAUACAAAGAUUUAAAUUUAAACAUUCUGCUGAAAUCUUGCUUUUUAACUUUACAGUAGUUCUUGGCUAAAAGUGCAAUAUUUUAAGCCAUCAGAAAAUGGGAUCAUAUUUAAAUGCACACCUUUACCAUAUGAAAACAGAGAGAACGGUGUAUGCUGUAAAUCAGGAAGAAAAACAGCAGUUGCUGGAAAAGCUGAGCAGGUGUGGCAGCAUCUGUGAAAUCAGUUUGCGUUUUGGGUCUGGUUCUG